AUGAAACCAGCACAUAUUGCAAUCCUUGCCUCAUGUUCAACGGUGAAUGCGCUGUGGCUUCCCCAGGCCAUAGGCAGCACAGUUCAGCCAACUUAUAGUUGGAAUGCGACGAGUUGGCAGUGUGGUCUCUCGCACGGAAACCCUGCAGCAGCCCAGAGCGGUUGGUACGCUUUCACUGUAUCUGCAGGCGAAGCAACGGGCGAGGACAUCAUUAUACCAGCCUUCUCGGCCUCUUGCCAAGGGUCUGCCACUGGGUUCCCACUGGUUUCUGAGUUUGCCAACUGCACAAUAAAUUCUAGCCCUGCAAACUCCGUUGUUCUCGCUCGAGUCUAUGCCGCAGAUGAUGGCACUCAGUGUCAUAUAGCGAUCUCAUAUUUAGUCGAUGGGAAGUAUGUCAUGACCCCAUUCACGGAGUACUGGAACCUGGCGCCAGAAGAGGUGACGUGA